AUGUGGAACUACAGACAUGACUAUCCAGAUGGAAAGCCCAAUCUGAACUUUUACCUCGGGAACACACCUUCUUUACCAGACGGUGUCAAAAUUAAUGAAUUCCACCAGUACUGGUAUGGGAAGUAUGAAAAACUGGAGCGUGUGCACACCUUUAUUCAGUGGUUGUUUCCUCUGCAAGAACCAGGGAUGAACUAUCAAGCCAAAACUCUAACUAAGGAGGAAAUUCAGGAGUUUCUUGAUAGCGAGAAAGCAAAACAAAAUCUUCUGAGGUCCUACAAGCUCAUGUUGGAUUUUUAUGGCAUCGAGUUAAAAGAUGAGAAAACAGGAGAUGUGCAGAGAGCAUCCAACUGGAGAGAAAGGUUCCAGAACCUCAACUGUCACAAACAUAACAACUUGCCCAUCACCCGCAUCCUGAAGUGCCUGGGAACCCUUGGAUACCCCAAGUUCCAAUAUCCACUGGUUAGGUUCUUCCUGGAGGAGACCCUUGUUAAAGGAGAACUUCCAAAUGUCAAAGACAGCGCCCUGAGCUACUUUGUGUUCGCUGUCCUUAGCAAGCAAGAACGAAGGAAGCUUCUCAGGUUUGCCUUUCAGCACUAUGAGCCCAAAGAAGAGUUUGUAUGGUGCCCAAAGAAAGUCCAGAAUGUUUGGUUAGGCCAUCGGGUGGAACAGAACUGUAUGAGAAAUGGAAGAGUUGGUGCCACAUUUCAAGAAAGAUUUAAAGCAAAGAAAGGAUUUUGUGAUACCUCUUAA